AUGUCCUCAAAUGAUAUUCGCGUGGCCAUUGUUGGCGCAACCGGCCAAACAGGUUCUAAAAUCACUGCGAUCACUAGGCCCUCUUCCAUCCAUAAGCCAGCAUUUAAGGAACUGGCACAACGAGGAGUAGAAGUCGUUGCGGCCGAACUGAAAGGGCCUGAAGAUGAUCUCAAGGCAAUCUUGGUGGGGGUAGAUAUUGUGAUCUCAGCUAUCUAUGGAGGUAGCGUGAUGAACGAAAUUCCUCUCAUAAACGCCUCGAAGUCUGCAGGAGUUAAGCGAUAUUUGCCCUGCUUCUUUGCGACUGUCGAACCUCCUAAAGGCGCCGUCAAGCUGAGAGACAUGAAAGAAGACGUGUUGAAUCAUAUCAAGUAUAUUCACCUGCCCUAUACGGUUAUAGAUGUGGGAUGGUGGUAUCAGGUCAUUGUUCCUCGCCUCCCUUCUGGCCGGAUCGAUUAUGCCGUGGUCGAUGUUACAGACGGCAUCGCUGGUGAAGGGAAUGUUCCAUUUGCUCUGACCGACCUGAGAGAUAUCGGAAAAUACGUUUCCCUGAUUAUCAGCGAUCCUCGAACUCUUAACCGAAUGGUUCUCGCCUACACCGAAGCCUUGACGCAUGUCGAGAUAUAUGACUUGCUGGAAAGUCUAAGUGGGGAGAAACUUGAACGAAAAUACGUUCCCCCCGAGUUUAUUAGAACCAAGAUCUCUAAGAUCCUGGCAGAAACCCCAGACCCAGCUCCAGACUCACCUGAAUUUGUGAAGUUGUCGAUGUAUCAGUACUGGUACUCCUGUGGCGUCCGUGGAGACAAUACUCCGGACAACGCCAAGUAUUUGGGUUACCUCACGGUCAAGGAACUAUACCCUAAUACUAAAUGGAACCGCCUGGACUCGUACAUCCAGGAAGUACUCGAUGGGAAGGCAAAGAGAGUGUACGAGCAUCUGGACCUCUGA